GGUGAAGAGAAGCAGCGCAGCAGCCUACGGCAGAGCGCGUCGAUGGGCGAUGGGUGCACAGCGCCUCCAGCGGGAGGCGCCCGUGGCGCGGCAACCUACAGCAGCAUGGCUGAGGGGGACACGGCAGCCGCCGGGUUGACGGCGGCAGACACCACGAAUUUGACCGAAUCAUCGCCAGUUGCGAGUCGCAUGAACUCCUUCCUGCAGAUGCUUCCUACCCGUAUCCACUCGGUAACGCUGAAGCUCCGCAAUCAGCUGCACAUGCAGCAGCCGCAGCCCCUCAGGCCGACGCCAUCACCCUGCCCACCCGGCGGGCAGCGGGUCCGGCCCAGCGGCGGCAUGCUGUCUCGCUGCAGUUCGAACGGCUCCGAUGUAUGGAAUUUGCCGGGGGCGCCGUCCGCACCAGCGGUGGCGGCGCCGCACCAUGCGUCACGCCCGUGUAUCCCGCCGUGGCGGGCGCUUCAUUGCACGAGGAUGCCACGCACCUGAGGGGCGACGGGCCCGUGGACCUUCGCAGCCUUGCGAAAGCUUCGUCCCAGGGCAGCCUUACCCAACUCAUCAGCAGCAGCGGGGCCACAGCAGUCCGGCGCGGCCCCUGCUCUGCUGCGGAGCCUCGAAGCGUCAUGGAGACGCUUGUGGAGGAAGCUACGCAGCAGCUCACAGCGCUGAUGUCAAAUGCCCCGCUGCCUAAUAUUGCCGCUGGUGACCGCGCUGCUGGCGGAAGUGCCACGAUGGAAGGUAGCGGCCUGGUGCUGGACGACGGCAACGCUGUCAUCACUGCAGGCAACCACCCAGCAGUUUCCAACAGCAGCAGUCAGGACGGAUACCGGCGGCUUGCUGAGGAUGCGGCAGCGGCGCGUUUGGCAGCCAACCGGAGGGAAACGCGUGAAGCCGCGGCGCUUGGCAUCAUCAUAGGAACGGAGCCCCGCACGCCGCUGCUGCCGCACGCCGAUGACUACUUGGAUUGGUCCCUGGCUUACAACGCGCAGCUGUCCAACCAGGUAGAGUACAGUGCCGAACGUGCUCACCUGACCACGAUCGCCUCGGUCGCGGGAGCGCCGAAGACUGCGCCGCCGCUGCUUGGCGUGCCGGUCCCCGGGUCACUGCUGGAGCUGCUGCGGCGCGUGUUCGUGCCACUGCCGCCUGGCGUGUCUCCAAGACAGGACCAGCAGCAGCAGCUGGCGCUAGGUGUGGCGCCGAGUGAGACGCAGCUUGUGUUUGCUGGGCUGCGCGUGCGCGUGGGCCUGCACUGCGGCGUCACGGACGCGCGCGACAUCCAGUACAACGCCGCCACCGCGCGCAUGACGUUCGGCGGCGAGGGGCUGCGCAUCGCCAAGGCCGUGUGCGACUGCGCCAGCGGCGGGCAGGUGGUCAUGAGCGGGGAGGUGCUGCUCAGGCUGCAGGCGACCCCAACCGCGUCCGGUGGGAUGCUUAUCCCACAUCAGGGACAGACCCGCGUGUUGGACCUGGGCGACCACCAACUCCUGGAGGCGGUGGCGGCGGCGGCUGCCACGGGGGCAACCGCCGCCCGCCAUGGCCAGCCGGCAACGCGCGGCGGCGGUCAGGACGAGGCUGUUCCGGUGUCUCGACAUCUGCUCAGCAUCAUGCACGCGACGCUGCUGGGCCGACUGUCUCUGAUGCCGCCCGUGCGGUCGGCCAUCCACCAGUACACGCCCGGCUUCAUGGACGCCCCUGUUGGAGAGUCCGUGACGGUCGUGGUGUUCAGGGUUGCGCAAGCCUCAGCGCUGCUGGCAUGGAAUGCCCAGGCUGCCGCAGAUGCCCUGACGCUGAUAGAGAUAUACUUGCGUGCCUCCUUGGGGCCGCUUGUGGCAGAUGUCUUGGAGCCGGAGGAGAGGCGAGUGAGUGCCGGCGGGGCCAUGCAGGAGCCGCUCGCCUGCUACCUGGCCGCCGCGCCGCCCGGCAGCCCCUUCGGCACCUUUGUCGCGGGCUUCAGCCAGCCCGCGGCGGCGGCGCGCUGGGCGCUGACCGCCGUCGCCCGUACGGCGGAGCUGCCCUGGCCCGCAGAGCUGCUGGAUUCGCAGUGGGGCCGGCCGCUGGACAAGGUCACGCGCGCAGAGGCGGAGGCAGUGACGGGCGCAGACGCGACCGCCUCGGGGGCAGCUACACCGCUCAAGUUUGUCCGGCGGCGUGCCAGCCGCCACCUGGGGGCCGGUGCCAGUGGCGGAAGCGGAGGCGGUGCAAACAGCAGCUCGCGGCAUAGGCUACCGAACGUCGCUGGCGCUACCGGCGUGCGGAGCGUGCCGACCUCGCCCCUGUUUGGGUCGAUGCCGCGGCCACCUGCUGCCGACACAGCUGGUCCCUCCGGCAGCACGCCGCCUGGGUCCAGGGCGGGCGGAGGUGGCAGCAGCUGCGAUGGCGGCACACCGGCGGGGACCGCUGCGGGGUCGAGCUUCCGCAGCAACCGCAGCGGGCCCCUGUUUGAGCGUGUGCUUCAGCGCUCCAGCUCAUCGCGCAUGACGCCUUCGCUGGCAACCGGCGGCCAUCACUCGGACCACCGGGGCACCAGCGCUGCCGGCACCCCCUUGCCUGCAGCCUUGGGGAGCGGCGGCGGUGGCGGUGGGCUCAGCACCGGCCGCAAUGCCCGCGCGAGAUCGGCCUUUGGCGGCACACAGUCCGACAGCCCCUCCUCAGAGGCUAUGGUUUCGGCAGCCCGCGCAUCCUACAGCAAGUCUGAUGUUGGCGGGCUGCAACGACAGCUGGGGAUUCAAGGACAACCAUCACGAAUCUUUGAGGGCGGCGAGUCGGCGGUCGAGCUCAUUCCCCUGGAGACGAUGGAGUCCGAAGACGACUUCGAAGCCGCGGACGAGCCCAGUGGGCUUCACCAACGUCAUCCGGGCGGCUGCUUCAGCACCAUGCUCAAGACUGAGCCGUGGACGUCCGCACCUCCACCGUCCAAUGAGGACAGUGGCAGAGGGCCCACUUUAACCCAGCUGAUGCCGCAGCGGCGCUCGGGGCAGUACGGAGCAGCUGGUGGUGCCCGGGCCGUGACGGGCCGCAGUGCAACGGCCGGCGGGGGCAAGGGCAGCAUUGCACCACACGUGGCGGGCUUGAUGCACGCGCGCCUGUCAGCCCCGCAGCCCGUCGUCCUACCACAAGGGUAUGGUGCAGCAGCUGGCCGGUCUUCUGCCCGGUCUCGAACUGGCGCCGGAGAUGCCUUGCUGUUUCCACUGGCCCCGGCGGCUGCCUUCAUUGCCAGGAACGUGAGCAGUGCCCACAGCACCGGCACCCCGAGCGGCUUCCCCCAGCAACCAUCCAGGCUCGCUCCAAACGCGUUGCAGUAUCCAACGCCUGGCGCUUCGGCCGCAUCCGCCGCGUCAGGCGCCUAUGUGUUUGCACCUGCGCCAUCCACGGUGCGGGCGGGCUCAGCAUCCACGGCCACAGCAACCGCGUUAGCAUGUAGCAGCACCGCCGUUGCAGCUGCAAGCGCCUUCGCUUCAGCAGCAGGCCCGGCUGUGCUGGCCCUAGCGGGGAGCAUUCCCGAAGACGAGACUACUCACCAUUCCCUGGACCAGCUGCAGGAGCGGCUGAGCACGCAGCAGCGGUCGGUGCCCAUUGGGCUGAUUGCUGCGGCAGCGCUCUCGGCCUUGACGGGAGCCCAGCAGCCGCCGCUUCAUGAAGUGAUGACGGCAGCUGCAGCAGCUGUACGCCAGCCGUUCCCCGCCCGCGCCUCGAUGGCGUCACCUGUUCACGCGGAGAUCACGCCUGCAGAAGCGGAUGAGGACAGCGGAGGGGCUGCUGCUGCCAGUACCGUUGGCCGCCUGUCUGACGCCGUGUCGUGCCCUGUGGCGGCGUUGACACAGCAGCGCGAGGCCAGCGGCGCCCUGGAAUCCAUGUACAGCGGCACGAGCGGCUUCAGCAGGCUGGGUACGAUGGGCCGGCGGCUGGAUGACGUCAUGCCCUCGCCGGAAGCGUCUGGUAUGCUUCGUAGCUUUGCCAUGGAGGCCGCCAGGGCCAUUCAAGAGGGUGCGGUAGACGACCCUCGCUUGGAGGCGGCAGCAGGGGGGCGGCGGGGGCAGCAGCUGCCACAGGAGGAGCAACAGCAGCAGCAGCAGCAGCGGCACACAAGGCCGCGCACGGACUAUGACAUUCCACGGCGCGCCAGCCUGCUGCAGCUGCGGCCGGCGGGUCCGCACGCAAGCGACCGGCGGCCGCCAGUAGGCAGCGGGCGCGGCAGCGGCGCUCACGAUAGCAAGUCCACGGUGCGCCGCCUUCACGCGCGCAUGCUGCGGACCCUGGCAACCUCCUUCAGCGAUGCUGGCCUACGGCGCAAGAUUGCCGCAUCGAAGAGUGAGAUAGCGGUCGGGGCCGGCAGCUCCGAAGCCGGUGCAGCCUUCGCCUCGGGUGUGGCUGCUGACUCCACAGGCGGCAGCAGCAGCCGCGCGAGCGGCAAGCGGCUUUCCGCGUCAACGGUGACGCAUGUGGCUCGGCUGGCCUCGCCGGCCUACAGCACCAGCAACGGCGGAAGGGCUGGGCACGAGCCCACCUCUCCGCUUAUGUCCACCGCAGGGACGGCUGGGUUGGACGCGCGCCACUUUGGCACGCCGUCACAGCAGGGGCACGGAUCCUCAGGAGCGAACUCGGGAUUUAGAGCUCUGCAAGUGCUGGUAGGAAACCGGCGGGCGCCACAGACUGGGGGCCGGGAGCUCUCUGCUCCAGGCCUCGAUGCACACGGCCGCGGCGUGCUGUCGACACCAGCUACUGCGCCGUCCGCAGCCGCAGACGUGGUGGCAGCGGCGGCGGCUCGCGCGGAAGAGGACGCGGAGGUGGUUAGCUUUCGCGGCCUACGCGUGCGGCUGGGGAUGGCGGUCGGUCCGGUGGCUGUGCAGCUGUGCCCGCUGACCGGGCGCGUGGUGUACAGCGGAAAGACUGUCAGUGCAGCCGCGAGCGUGGCUGCCCCUGCACGCCUGGGGACCAUGUACGUCACACAAGAGGCCGCAGAGGCCUUAUCCCAGGGCGGCGCGCGCCUUGUGAAGUUGCCAGAGCCGGAGGAACGCCCACGGCAGUCAAAAUCGCUCCUGCUUCUGCCCGUCAGCGUGGGCGGCUCGCUAGCGGUUGACCAAAAGCCAAGCGGCACACGGCGGCGGGCUAGUGCCUUGUCGUUUCUGCUAGGGGUAAGGCCCAGCGUCCCUGCCGGCCUUCCGCUCAGGCUGGCCGGUGGGGCAUCGAUGCCAAUGGCGGCAGGCGCCAGCCAGCAGAGCAACAGCGGGGCGGGUCAGCACCUUCUGCGCCUGCAGACACACAACACCACAGAGAUAGAGCAGGUCUUGCUGGAUGCUGUGGCCAAUAACACGCAGCAGCGGCAGCAGCAGCAGCAGCAGCAGCAACAGCAAGAGCAACGGCAACAGGGGCGUGGGAACGUGUCGAGGACAAACUAUCUUCAGCAGCCAGCAGAGGGCCUUACAUCAGCACAACAGCCCACAUACAAUAGCGCCUCGACCACAGCAAACCUCGUUCCAGCGUUGACAGAGCCCGUAAGCCAUGCUGAGGAUCCUACCAUUCAGCACAGCUCGUGGCUUGUGCCGUCGAUCCACAGAUUGUCUGCACACAGAUUACCACGGCAGGGGCUCAUGGCCCUUUGUUUAGGUGUCGGAUAGCAGGUGUCCCCUAACAUGCUAAUUUGAAGGCAUGUACUGGUAUGGCAUGCAAUGUGGGUGCAUUCUUCCAGAAGGUUCCUUUUGUUUGCACACACUAUGCCUCCAUUGUGGGUGGUGAGGGCUGCAUGUGCUCCCAUACAUGCACAGCUGCAAUGAAGCACUUGUUAUGGACCAACUACUGCACACUUUGACUUCAUAUAACGUUCUGUGAUUCUUUUCUUCAGAAUGCUAGGUGUUCGUGUUGGGACAGAGGUGGCAGGGCCAUUCGGCGCGUCCGUCUCGCAUGGUGUGCCCAUGUGCUGUCGGGAACGCCACAUAUCAUAGGGGCAGGCUUGGUGCAUGCGAAGCGAGGAAACAGGCGUGGUGGUUGGUAAGGAUAGCAAUGCCACGGUUGCCGGUAUGGCAGUACUUACCUAGGUGUGCCGUGCAUAGUCAACAGGAUGCGUCACAUGAGUAUUUGAGAACCGCAAGGCUGGCAUCUGAAUAAUGCAGGAGACCUGCGUGCAGGGGCCGUAUCUUGUUUUCGGGGUAAUGUAUAGCUCCAAACAAAAACGGUCGGGUGGCCGCCGUCAUUCAUUUGGGCACAUGGCGGUUUGGGGGCUUCUUCAUAGGAAUUCGGACAAUACCUGCCUCAAACCCGGGCCAACAAAGUCUCGCCCCAGACAUUAGCCCCCGGGAGGAAUGCCGAGGAAACGGCCACAAUGGCCGAUGUAUGUCUGGAGGCAUUAAGAUGGGAGCCCUGGCUGCUGCGUGAAUGCGUGUGGGUAGGUAGCACCUUGGUAGCCAGGGCUUAAAAUGUGAAUGAUCUACUGUCUAAAGCUGAUACCAUUACAAUUGUCGUAUAGCAGCUUGCAAGUUAUUUGACAUGGUCAGGUUGCGACAUGUGGACUUGUGAAUUGCGACAUACGACAUUGCGACAUAACCCACAUACCGCCCAAACGCAUCCAAACCCACCAAACAUAUUGUGCAUGCAUUCAAUAUGCCUCUGGUAAGCGUGGAAUGCCGUGGCACACAACAAAACGUGUCACGGUUGCCACGGUGGUGGUGGCGUGGCGCAGGGUGCGGCCAGUGGGAGGAGCUUGUGGCUAUGCUAGCGCAAUGCACCGCCGCAAAGCUGGGAGAUGUUACUUGAAUGAGCUCUAGGACGCGUAGCUAUGCAAAUAUGGGCGAGUCUUGGUAUGUGGGUAUGUCGUAUGUCGCAAUUCACAUGUCGCAACCUGGCCAACGAAGUGCUUGCGAGUGAAUGCGAAUGCAAGACGCCGUCGCGAGCUCCAGGCUAGCAAUAAACAUCACGAAAGAAGUUAGUGUCAGCGGCAAUGCGGUUACUUGUUACCUUCGAGACGAGACACCGGUGCGCGCUCCACGCUGCUCCGCAUUCGGCACGCCAAACGGAGUCCGAGUGUC